AUGGCAAUGUCGUCACCACAGCCUGGCACAGAACCUAAACGUCUAAUGCCCGUUGAACUCAAAGGAAGCUGCCACUGCGGCGCUAUCCGCUUUUCUCUGCAGUCAAGUACUGCUGUCCCCUACCAGCUCUGUCUGUGCUCUAUCUGCCGAAAAGUCGGAGGUACAAAUGGCUCUAUCAAUCUCGGAGGUUACUACAAAACCUUGAACAUUACGCAGGGCAAGGAACACAUCAGCGUCUACCAUGCGAUGUUGGACCGCGAUACUCCCAAUGAAAGGAGAGCGUCUUCAGAAAGAAGUUUUUGCUCGAAAUGUUCCACCAUGUUAUGGCUUUAUGAGAAGUCCUGGCCGGAGCUCAUUCAUCCUUUUGCAUCCGCCAUCGAUUCGCCUGAGCUCUCGCCUCCAAAAAAAAUGGUAUGCUUGAAACUUGUAGAUAAGCCGGACUACGUUCGGCUUCCGGAGGGGGAGAAAAGUUGCUUCGAAGACUAUCCAGAACUUUCUCUCGAGCAAUGGCACAAGGAAAAUGGUUUGUAUGUUGAAUGAU